AUGGUUGGAGGAGAGGAUGCGGCGUUGUUGCAAGAAGAGUUGGGAAAGGGUGGAAGGGACGGCGACGCGGCAAGAAGGCAUUGCCCCCACCCUAUCGAGCUCCAUUUACACCAUACAAAUCAAACGAGCUUAUUCCUCUCUCUGUCAACGAGCUACUUCUUCUCUCCACCGUUGCCACUGCCGCCGCUGCUCGCAUUGCACGAGCCCCCUCCGCAGCCGCUCUUGUCGCAUCUGUUCCCUUCAUCGCCGUCGUCGCAGAGCUAUCUCCGCCGCCGCUCUAAUCCAAAGACUAAUUUUGUGAUUCUGUUGCUUGGAGGAGCUUAAUAUAGCAAGGGAUAGGGUAAGCAUU